AAAAUAUCGAUAUAUAUCAUAUUUUUCAAAUGUAUCGUAAUGACUAAAAGAUAUCGAUAUUUUGAUAUAGGCUUAGAUUGAUUAGGCUUAUGUAUAUAAGCAACAUGCUACUAUGGAAUUAGUAGGUGUACUGUACUACGUACAAAUUACUUAUUAAAAUCAUUAUCAUUACAAAAAAUAGCUGAGGUCGAGACAACUAAGGGAAUGCUUAAUUAAGAACAUUGCGGGAAAAUGAUUGAUCAGUUGUAUGAAGAUGUCAAAGAUAUAGACUCAAAUGAGCCUUCGGCUAUGGAAAAGAUUCUGGAAUACCUAAUUACACUCAAUGAUGAUGAUGAGAAAUACAUGACGUUGUUAGUGGAAACAAUAAGUGAUAAAGAAAUAUAUUGGGAACGGCCAUGGUAUCAAAUGUCGAAAAGUUUGACUAGGCCCUUGAAGCAUUUGAGUAAUAAUGAACAAGCCGCUGAGGCAUAUAAAUUGGAUACCUUGAACUCAGAUGAAGUUGCUUUGGUGAAUAAAAACUGGCGUAAAUUCAUUAAGAAGUAUAAAGUUCCUGAUAAACCAUUAAGUUUUGCUAGAUGGAGAAACAAACAAAACAAUAGAAAUCCUACAGCACCUGAGGAAAAAGUACGUCUUUUUAUAACAGCAUAUUUAGCUCGUGGUCUAGAGAGAACCCUUUAUCAAGUAUAUAAGCAUGUUGUAACAAGUUAUGGAGCUCCUGUCAAAGGAUUUUAUACUUAUAAGGAGGAGAAAAUUAUGGAAAUAUGCUUUCAAAACGACCCUCGGAAUGCAGUGCCAAUAUGUGCCAUGGUUCUUGGUAGAGAGCCAAGAGGCUUAUACAAUAAACUAAAAAUAAGUCUUCAUGGUAAACACUUAUUGGAAAAGAAAAAAAUGAAAGGGAAAUGGACACUAGACAAGGCUAAUAUGUUUUUAAAAUUAUUGAUGAAACACACUAACCUUCCUCUGGAAGAGCUAAAGAACAGAAGGUUUGGAAAAGAUGUUUGGCUGAAAGUGGAAGAAGAGUUUGGACAUCACUAUAUAUAUUUACAAAAAUUCUGGGAGAGAAGCCUUCACAUUCAAUUAUUUGUUAAGGAUCAUGUUAGUUUAAGGAGAUUAAGAAAGAAAAUUUACAAAAAAUUGAAGAAGUCUCCAUAUAAAGUUUGGAGUGAUAUUCGGUGGAAAGAAUUGCUAAAGAAAUUCCCAGAUGGAUAUACCCAUUUUUUUAUAUACAGAGUUGCUUAUCAAGGUCUUCGUGGGUUGCCAGAAUAUUUAAAAAUGCCUUUAUCUAAAGUUCUUGACCAUGGUUUUGAUAAUUUAAUAAAAUUCAGCUAUCAUUAUGAUAAAAUAUUGAAAAACCUUAUUUUAGAUGAAAAUGGUGAUUUAACAGUAGCAAUGCGUCAUAAUGAGAAAUAAAUAUAUUUUUAGAAACAA